UCACACACAUGUCCAUGUGGAGCGCCCGCCUGCUCACACGUGCCGAUGUGGAGCGCCCGCCUGCUCACACGUGCCGAUGUGGAGCGCCCGCCUGCUCACACGUGCCCAUGUGGAGCGCCCGCCUGCUCACACGUGCCCAUGUGGAGCGCCCGCCUGCUCACACACGUGUCCAUGUGGAGCGCCCGCCUGCUCACACGUGCCGAUGUGGAGCGCCCGCCUGCUCACACGUGUCCAUGUGGAGCGCCCGCCUGCUCACACACGUGCCCAUGUGGAGCGCCCGCCUGCUCACAUGUGCCGAUGUGGAGUGCCCGCCUGCUCUCACACGUGCCGAUGUGGAGUGCCCGCCUGCUCUCACACGUGUCCAUGUGGAGCGCCCGCCUGCUCACACACGUGUCCAUGUGGAGCGCCCGCCUGCUCACACACGUGCCCAUGUGGAGCGCCCGCCUGCUCACAUGUGCCGAUGUGGAGUGCCCACAUGCUCACAUGUGCCGAUGUGGAGCGCCCGCCUGCUCACACACGUCCAUGUGGAGCGCCCGCCUGCUCACACACGUGCCCAUGUGGAGCGCCCGCCUGCUCACGUGCCCAUGUGGAGUGCCCGCCUGCUCACACGUGCCCAUGUGGAGUGCCCGCCUGCUCACACAUGCCGACAUGGAGUGCCCGCCUGCUCACACAUGCCGACGUGGAGUGCCUGCCUGCUCACAUGCCCAUGUAGAGUGCCCGCCGGAUCACACGUGCCAUUGUGGCAUGCCCGCCUGCUCACACACAUGCCGAUGUGGAGUGCCCGCCUGCUCACACGUGCCAAUGUGGAGUGCCCGCCUGCUCACACGUGCCCAUGUGGAGUGCCCGCCUGCUCACACGUGCCCAUGUGGAGUGCCCGCCUGCUCACACACGUGCCCAUGUGGAGUGCCCGCCUGCUCACACAAAGCUCUGGCAUGGUGGCUCUGUAGGUUUCCUGUCCUGCCGGCCGAGUCAGAUGCUGUUACCGUACAUUCUACUCAUGGUGGCUUUUUAAUACGUUUUUAUGUCAAGGAUCCCUUUUAUAUUUCUCUGUACCUCGAGAUAACGUGGGAAUAUUAGGGAUGAGAUGGAAGAGGAGAGGGUGUUUUUGUAAAAUUGAAUUCAGGACUGAUUUGUUAGCCUGGUGCUUUUCGUAUUAGACCUUUUAAUGAAUUUUCAUGGAUGCUGAUUAAAAGACAAACCUGU